GUUCAUAUAAUGUAAUGUAGUCGUUCUUUUUAUGCCAACUGAAAAAGGGCGUAUUAUUAGGAAAAUAAUUAUAAUAAUAGUAUUAUAAACGAAGUUUGAGUUUAUGUUAAAAAUAAUUAGUCAUUAGCAUAAGUUGCCCCACCAGUCCACGCGGAAGAAUUUUAACUAUUUGUUGAAGUCCUUGUGAUGUGACAUGACAACAGGCCCGUCAAUUCUAAUAGCGUCCGGGAAUAGGAAAAAGGUUUCGGCGUGAUGGAUAGAUUCUAACGGGAGGGUUAGAUGAAGAAAGCGAUGGAUUAGUUAAAUGUAUUGUGUUCGUAGCGUAGAUAAAGAUCUGCAAGUGGGGUGCGAUAGUGGGUUAUAUGUGUGUUUCGUUAUGUGGCACAGUCAGGCCGUAUUAUGAAUGAGGAGGCUCUGUUACAGCGAGCUACCGAGGAGCGGGAGCGUAUCUUCCAGAGGUACGAGAGAGGGCGGGAAAACCUCGCCGGUCAGAUUGACCCUUGGGAAGACCCCGAAUUUGAGGAGUACCACAAAACAGACAGAUAUGGCUUUAUACACGACGAGAGGUUGCCGCAGAAAACGACGUCGCAAAAGAUUAACAUCGAAGUGGAACGAGAGAAAAAGUGGGUCAAAAUGCUCGCCAACUGGGACUCACCUGCCACCAGGGAGAAACUACACCGUCGAAUUUACAAAGGCAUUCCAAACUCACUCCGAAUAAAGAUAUGGUGCAAACUACUAGAUGUAAAUCGAAUAAAGUCUGACAAUCCCGGGAAAUAUAAGGAAAUGUUGAAACUCGCUAAGCUGUGGUCCACCGAUGUCAGGCAGAUAGAUUCGGACGUGAACAGACAAUUUCGGGAACAUCAAUUUUAUCGAGAAAGAUAUUCAGAGAAGCAGUGUUCAUUGUUUAACGUCCUCUGUGCGUAUAGCAUGUACAACUCCGAGGUUGGAUACUGCCAAGGCAUGUCGGGGCUGGCUGGCGUGCUACUCAUGUAUAUGGACGAAGAAGACGCUUUUUGGGCACUUGCAAUACUUUUGUCAGAUAAAAGGUAUGCCAUGCACGGCCUGUAUAUAGAAGGAUUUCCUAAAUUAACAAGGUUCCUGGAACACCACGACAAGAUACUCAAGAAAUUCAUGCCGAAAUUGAAGCAACAUUUCGAUAAGUUUGGAUUAGAUGCGAUACUUUAUUCUCUCAAAUGGUUUUUUGUAUGUUUUGUGGAGCGAGUGCCCUUCAGCCUUUGCUUGAGAGUGUGGGAUAUAUAUCUGUUAGAUGGAGAAAGGGUGGUCACAGCCAUGGCGUUCACGAUACUCAAACUGCACAAGAAGGCAAUUAUAAAGUUAAAUGAUAUGGAUCUUAUUGUUAAUUACAUUCAGGUUAAAUUACACAAAGACUUUGGUUAUGAAGAUGACGUGGUGAUCUACCACUUAGAGCGGUCGAUGGAGGAGUUGAAGCGAGCUAAGCUGGACUAUCCGGGGCCGCCGCCGCCGAACGAGCUGCCGAAGCGACAGCUGGGGCACUUCAUAGAACCGGACAAGAAGGCCAAGAUCGGACAGCGCGCUGAGAAUUUCUCUGAAACAGAGAAGCAAGCAAGAGCAACUGUGAUAUUAAGACGUGAGAAAGCCGCUCUGGAGCUGCAGGAGCUACGCGUGUCUCAGAGCGACACGGUGUCAGAGCACAGCGGGGUGGCGGGAGGGGGGCGGUGCGACGACUCGGUAUCCGCGCUGGGGUCGCGGCGCUCGCUCGCCGACACCAGCGUAACUAGCACAGCAGACCUCAGUGUGUUCUCCAGUGGACGGUCGCACGCGCCGGACAACUCGCUCGACACGCACAGCAACGUCAGCGACGACGGCACAGGGUCAGAUGGUUCGGGUAUAUGCGGCAUGAGCAUCCAGAGGGCUCCGUCGACGAACCACUCGACGCCGCGGGCGACGCCGCACCCGCCCUCCGUGUCGCCUCUCUCCGACGACGUGGUCCGCAUCCACGUGACGUACAACCCCCUCUCCGCCAGCCCCUCGCACUUGCACCCCGUCAGCCCCGCCAAGUACAAGUACACCGAGGAGCACCACAAGCCAGUCUCUCUCGGCUUCUACACCACCAACGGAGCCAGCAAUCUACCCGCAGACAACAGGAUAAGGAUCCAAGUGCCCUCCGAAGAACUCCUCACGCCCGUCGUUGACUCCGGCAGAAUCAUAACUCAGCACUACAUUGAAUCUCAUUCGGAACUGUACGAUCUUAAAUAGAUUUGAUGUUUAUUACAGCAAUUACUACUUACCUACUUACUUUAUUAUUUUUUAAUUUUGAUUAUUAUUUUUUUAGUCAUUUUUUAUUACAUAUUUUAGUAUAGUAAGUGUUUUGACUAUAGUCAUAAUUGCGAUGCGAAUGCGAAGUACUUUUCCGCAGCGAAAGUCAAAUUGUUGUAAAUACACAUGUGUCCAUAAAACGGCAUUGUGAAGUAUUAAGUAUUUAUAUGUGUAAUUUUUAUAAUUUAUAUUUAAUUAUGUUCAUUAUGGUUAGUAACACCAAUCCUGUGUAAAAGCAGAUUUAUUCGAAAAUCGGUACAUAUAAUACCCAAAAACUAAGCUAUUGUCUAUUUAUAAAUGCACUAACUGUUGUACAAUUAAGCAAUGCAACGAGCAAUAAUAUUUGAAAGAAUAUUAUAAUGUCUGAACUUGUAGCCUUUACUCGAACAAAAUGUCGUUCUUCCAUAAAAAAUAGAAUAUUUUUCACAAAAUACGCCCCACCGCGAAUAGAAAAGUUCAAAUUACCAAUAGGUACACAUUGUCAUUGACUGUACGAAUGUGAAGAAUUAGUUUACAUUGUUUAGUGACGUACACUAACCGCUUAAAUUUGAUGUACACUAAAUGCUCACUAGGCCACGUGGAAAAGAUACUCGAUUAUAAUUAGUGAUAACUGAAUCUCUACGUACAGUCGGCUAAAGUUAGUUGCACAUGUCAGUUAUGUAGAUACCUAAUUUGGUACCUAGAUAAACAAAAUGUCAACUAAAUUAUUUCGUAGUUCAGCUAGAGGUAAACAAUUCGAUAAAAUAGUAAAAAUAUAAGUAGAUAAGUAAAUGCAAUAUCGAUCUACUUCCCUGUUAGGUACUAAUAUAGUUAUUUUAUACCUACUUUUGAUGAUAUAAUUAAACAAAUUCAAUUAUGGUAUUGAUGAACGCAACUGAAAUUCCUUGAUAUAAACCCCGGAAUUAUUCAUGUAAUUUUCGUGUUUUGAUAAUAGGGUUGUAUGUACAUUAUAUAAGAUAAAUUAUUAGGAGUCGCAAUUUAUAUGUAAAGGUAUACAAUAAAAAAAUGUUUCAAUGUUAACUAUGUAAUUACAGUGAGAAUUGCAAUAAUGACAGUCAAACUGCUAUGUGAGAAGUUAGCCUUAUGGUGUACGAACACUGUGUAUGUUAAUCUAUAUAUUUAGGACGAUUUAUUAGUACUUAUUGUCAUGCUCGACAAUAUUGAUUAUCUGAAUCUUCAAUUUAAUGAUAACAACUUUAAAUUUCAACGUUAAAGUGCAAAUACACGUCGAAUAUGUACGUAAAGCUAUAUUCGUGUGAGAAAUGCAGUACUCGAAAAGUUCGCGAAAAUAUCUUUGAAGCAUCGAGCUCAGGCGGCUGGAUUAUGUGCGUGUGAACUCCGCCGCACGUGUGGAGUGCACCCUUUGAUCAUAUAUAUUGGUACAGGCACAGUUUCAUACAAUAAUCAAAGAAAAUAUUGUCCUCGCGUCAAUUCUCAUAUUAUUAUAUUACCACUUCAAGUAUUUCGAAAAAGUUCUAGUGUUGUACGGUUUAAUCUAAUUUCAACCUUAAGUAUGUCUGUUAUGCUAACUAAAUAAAUCCGUGUUAGGAUCUUACAUUAUUAUAUUCUGGAUUGGGGACAUUGUGAGCUAAUAAAAUAAUAAAAAAUACAAAUAUUACUAAUGUAUUGGAAAAGGAAGCCUAACGUAUUACAAUUAAGCACACACUUGUUACAAAGAGUAGUGCGAGUUACAUUCUAUUUGACAAGAAUUAAUCAAGGCAUAUUGCUCUUGCGCCUUGCUAUGAUAGUGCCAUUUUUUAGGCGGCAACGAUGUAUCUACCAAUUAUAUGAUCGAAGAGCAGCUAUUUUUUUUUACCUCGAGGUGGCAGCGCACGCGCUACAAGAUAGGCCCACGCGAAUCCAUGCCGGCAUGUGCCAAUUGCGUUCACCUUUAGUUCAAAGAUAAAUUAUAAAAUUCUGAUUAGGUACUAAAUAAAGACAGAUCUAAAGGUGACAAAAAACGUUUUCUUUUUUUUCUAUUUAACUUAUUUAAGAAUUUUAAUAAAGAAACAUUGCGACAUUUUGACACGUUUUUCUAUGACGUCACAGGUUGCUUUUUCAUACAUAUUCCAUACUAAUUUCGUGUUUUGACGUUUAGUAAAAACUAACUGAUUUGACUAGUUGGAAACUACCCUAUUGUACAGUCAGUCAUGAGCAAUAUCAUGUAUCCACUUUAGAACCCUGUCGCACUAUCAUAUUUGACAUUUAAUGAGACUUACGGUUUAAUUUGGUCAAAAAAGUUAAUGUGACAUGGUUUUAAAAUGUAUACAUAUUAAUACUCAUGACCGUAUUACCGGAUAGUAUGUGAUGAAUAGUUCCAAUAGUUUCAAGUUUGUUUUUGACGUAUGCGCGGAUUGUACGAGAUGCAACAUUUCAUGCAAUGCAUGAUAAGAAUAUAAAAAUAAUGUAAUACUAAGGUAGCAUCGGAUUUGGAGGUACUAUGAAUGAAAUUGGAUGGACCCAAUAAAUAAACAUUUGAAUUGAAGGAUCAGAUGUCGCGUUUGUGUAAAUUCAAUGUGUAGAAAAUUAGGUACAUAUUUAUUCUUAUUAAUGCGAAAGUAAUGUUUGUCAAAUUAUGAAUUUACAUUUGAAGUUACAUAAAAAGGCAAAACAGUGUUGUAAAAUAUUUAUUGUACCUUGCCUGCCUACCUACUGCUGUUUUAAGUGUUAAGCAAUCUGUUAUGUGUAUUUCUCAAAUGUGGUAUUUUUAUCUGCGUGUUUAGUUAAUCCUUAAUAUGUCAUUACUAUACCUUCAGCAGGAGAAUUAUUUACAUCCAAGUCCAACGCUCUCUUCUUUAAUUGUCUCAUUAUAUUACUCAGCGUCGUCGUCUAAAUUCUUUAGUGAAUAGCUGACUAGUUAAUUAUAAAAAGAAUGUCAAUAUAUUUCACGUACCUACCACAGUGAGGGACUUUUCAGGCUAUGUUGGCCAAAGAAAAUAUUGAUGGCGCUUUACGGACCUUCCUUUAACCUUCUAAUUUCAUAGAUGACAGACCCUUGUUAUUACAUGUAGGCACACCACAUCUUCCACCAAUUAUUAUUCUGAUCAAAAUAAACAGAAAGCAAUAUAGAUAUGAACAUAAUUCUAUACAUAAUCUGAUCCAAAUAUCAAGCUACAAUUAUUUUUAUAUACGCCUCUGCCAUUAGCGAGCAAUGAGGGAAUAGGUACGUAAUUAUCACGUUAAAUCUGAACAGCGCCAUCUACAUUUUUUUGUGGAAAUAGCCUGGAAAGUCCGCCAUUAUAAAGUAGUACAGCUAAAAAUAUAUCUAAUUAUUAUUGCAAAUCUGUUAAUCUAAUGAAUUACUAGACGUCCAUUAACAAAAUCUUUGUGCCAUUUCUAAAAUUAAGAUUAAACCGGUAAUUUAAUGAAAUAAUUUAACAGAAAUUGAUUAAAAUAGUUUCCUUAUUUGGCAUCACAGGAGUGAGAUCUUGGUCAAAGAUUGCUACUGCCCUAUUCGAAUAAAAUGACGUCUCAUAUAUUUUUUAACAACAGCAUAUAAUAACUAGUGUAGCUUUAUAUAAUUAAAUUCAUAUUAUUCAUGUGUUUCAUUGUUCAGUAUUUCAUUGUUGUCGUAUUCAUUCAUGUUUAAAAUAAAGUUCAUAAUUUGCCAUAAUUUACUUAUUAAAGACGACCGUCCAUUUUAUUUUGUAUAAAUUGGGAACUGGUUUUGGACGUAACUAUUAUUUGGACAUCUGUUGUAUUAUUUACUAUUUAUGCUGAAAUCAACUCAUUAUUUAUUAAUAUUACAGAAUAUUUAUUAUUUAAGUUUAAGAGUAAUAAAUUCAAAAAUAGGUAGGUAAAUGAAGUACUCAGGUAAUCGGGCAUCAGAUAUUGUUGUUAAUAAACCCUUUUGUAAAAAACCAUGUAUUCUGAAAUUUCACAACAUUGUUGUUUUUAUUUUUAUAGUACCCAUUUAAUAACAUUUAAACAAUUAUUCUUUAUUAAUAAGUCGAAUUCAUAGUAAUAAAAUCUUUAUGAAGUUAGUUACUGUACUCUUUCUAUUUAUCUUUUGUUUUGUAUUUCCUGUUUGUGCAAUAAAGUAUUUGUUAUUGUUGUUAUGUUAUCUAGCAAAAUCAAAUGCUAGAUAUUUUGCAAAGGGGUUUAUGUUUAGAUGGGUACAAUUUCGGAUUAUUCUUUUGCAUGUAUUUUUCUUAGAUUUCAUGCAGCGAAUUCAAAUUCUCGAAUUCAAAGAAACUGCUUAUCCAGACUACAGCGUCCAUCGCGAGUGAAAAUUCAGUCAUUUUCAGUGUUCAAUUAGUAGUGUAAGGUUAAGCGAAACGAUAUAUUCGUUGCGAAUUCUUGGCAGUCGACAGUAGGUUCGUAGGUACAUAGACAUAACACUUUGAUGACUUAAGGAUAGGAUGAACGUCUACCUAAAAUGAUGUUUUGUGUGAAACCUCAUACUAUCGAAUUUCCUCUACCUUCGAAGGAUAAAAAUAAGUUUCCAUGAAACUAAGCAAAAUCCAAAUAGAUUUGUGAGGUGUGCCUUCAAGCAGUCUUUUUCAAACGGUACGACCCCAGGAGUUACGGGCAGGUUACAGUCGGGGUACAUAUAGAACUGGGCAUAGGUCUCCCCUUUAAUCAAAUGCAGUAAUAAUGUCUGUGGGCAACUUUUUGUCAACGCCUGAGGUAUGAGCGGCACGAGGGUUGCGAUUUACUGAUUGGCGAACUGAGUCUCAAGCUGAUUCAGAUCGGACUCAUCAUCAUUAGGCCUUGUCCAUUUUGGUAUAAGAUUUAAGUACCAUCGGUUUUAGCGGCACAACAACGUCGCUCAUGGCUAAAUAGAUUGAUCCUGGAGAGGCAUACUCGGUUGCAUUUUCGAGUGGUGGAGGUCAACAAAAUGCAAGUUUAGUGUUUAAAUGCUUGUACUCUAAACAUAACUUUAAGUGGUAUCCAGGCAACGCUACUCCUAGGUGCUAAUUCUUUGCGCUGUCUCCGUGACUCCGGUUCACGUUAUCGGAUCAUUUUGUCAUUAAGGAUUUCUUGGAAAUUUGAAACUUCUAAGGAAUGUUGACCAAAGAUUUGCUAGUUAAUGUAACCUACUUUAGGCCGAAGGUGCACCUAUUACGAGAGCAAAGAAGUUUCUUUGGUAGGAUUUAUCAUUCCAAACAGCUUCCGCUAAAGUAGCAGUGUGCCUAUAGAAGUAUUCGUUAACGGGGCCUGAAAAAGCGUUGUCGCUAUCAUAUACCCUUUUGACCUCAAUGAAUGGACGUAGUCGUGGACCCAGAUUUGUUGUACCAGCAAACUCAUUUUGGGAUCGUGUUAACGUUUUUACUGUGUACCGUUAGAAAAGAUUUGAUCGAAAAUAGGUACGAUGGUACUGCAAUUAACGAUGCCUUUCCAAUUUCUUUUUAGUAUAUAAGCAGGAAUACUUAAUAAAUAAACAUUAAUGUUGUCAAUAUUUAUAUCUAGUUACUAUCAGGUCCGUUGCCAGGGCUAACGAUGUGGGGUGUGCAUUUCGGAUGUAACUUAGUCACGCUAUAAUCUACUAGUCUCGGGAACUUCAGUAUUUUCCUCCCCUAAUUAAUUUUAGGCAUUCAUGUUGGAUCUUCCCCAUAUAUCUUUACCCCUGGCUGCGGUUCUACUUACUACCGGUUCAUUAAAACAACAGUGAGAUUAGUGCCUGCAGGAAUUACGUUGAAUAUCAUAGCUUCAUUAUCAUAUUUCAGUGUAAAUAAAUUUAUAGUGUAUGUUUAUUUAUUUUUAUAUACAUAAACGUUACAUAAAAGGUAUGCUUUAAUACGAGAUAAUUGAAAUAGAUGCAUGCUCUGAAUGUGGUUCCGUUAUAUUUGCUCAAUUUUGAGACAUCAUACAAGUUUUUAAAAUUUUCUUAAUAAAAUAGACUAAGUAUUUAUAGUUUAAUUGGAAAUUGAAAUGCAUUUAUUAUAUGUAUGGUACUGUAAUAUAAUAUUGUCAACUGUAGAUUAGCACAUGGUCACGUUUGUUAUAAUCUGAUACUUUAGGUUACCUUUUCCAAAACUUGUAUGUAGGAAUUAUGAUGUUGUUCAUAGUAUACAGAUGUAGUUAGGUAACUAUGGUUCACGGAAUUCUGAAUUCUAUUAUUGCAAGUGAAUGCUAAGUCUCAUUAUUGUUUACUGUUAGGUUCAGCGACACAUACUGGUGACAGUAGAGAAAUAGAAAGUAUGGUAAUAAAUGAUAAUUACAUUUU